AUGCCAGGCUCAAGCCGGGAAAACGGAAAACUCCCGUUGACGUUCGGGGUCGAAAUCGAGUUCCUUUUCGGAAUCAGACGAGACCUCGAACGAUAUCGAGAAUAUUCGUGGUUACAAGUUCAAAAUCUCCGUCAGGACUAUUUCUUCAAACUCGACCUGGAAAUCACCAAUGAGGCGGAUCGGGAUUCCGACUUUUCAACUGGUCUCCUUCAAGCCAGGACGAUUAUAAAGAAUCAUGGUGGGGAACUUUGGAUCGACAGCAAAACCACGCCUUAUGCUGACUCAUUUGACAAAUUCAGCUAUUGGAUGAUUGUGCCGGAGGAGGCUGUUCUGGCUCCCAAGGACCCCGCCGAGCUCUUCCAGUGGUCUAAUGGAGCCCUGACCGUACAACGAGAGAGCCAGAUCUUCGAUGAAUGGGACUGGACUGGCCUUGAACUCGUCUCCCCGGCACUUCGCGUCCCCGACAUGGACCAGAAUCGACCGAACGGGUUGGUAGAGCUCACCGGCUACCUCAAGUUGAUGACAGCUGACCAGUGUCCCACAGUACCCUAUGUCUUGAUGGCUAAUCCCAGAAACGCCUCUGUCCACGUGCAUAUUGGCCUGCAGCCGGAACCAGAAGGGCAGGUCGACUUCCCAGCAGACUUUAUUCGCCACCUUGCCUGGCUUUGCAUUGCAUUUGAGGAUACCAUCACUCUUCUCCACCAUCCCGAACGACAUUCGUACCCGGAAACCAAGAGUCGUAGCUUCGCCAACUCGAAUCGGAAAUUCUUGCAUGCCGUAGGUGCAUCGCACCGUGUCCACUGCUGUCACCUGGGCAAGCCAUUCUCUGCCGAAGAUACAUUCAUGAAGAUUUUCGACUAUGAGAACGAAGACGAGGAUGGGGACAACAUCUUUCCCUUGCUUCAAGCAUUAUCGUCCAAGAAGCUCCCGUUUCGCGAGGAGCCCUUGAACAUGGCUGACUUCAAUCGAUUCCUUUUCGUCAACUUUGAGAACCUAGCAAUUGCAAUGAUGACCACGGAACAUGCCAAGAAAACAAUCGAGUUUCGGCAGCAUCAAGGCACACUCUCGACCAGUGAUAUUGAACAAUGGGUAAUCUUUCUUACCGCGCUGUGCCGAGCUUCGGAACGAUUCGAGUCACUAACCCCGGACUCCAACGCGGCCGUUCCUCUGACGCUGAUGUCGAAGCUCAAGAAGAAGUACAAGGAUCCCAGGAAGCUGGAUCGAGCUAUCAUUGAGGCUAAGAAGUACACUCAGAUUUGGCAACGGGACCGGCGCUCGUUGAAGCAACUAUUCGAUAUUCUUGAGUUACCCGUCCAUCGGAGGCUCUACUGGUGGCAGAGAGCCAAGCAGGUUAGAGCCGAGCUUGACAAGAACUGGUCAGGUAAGUUACAGUCAACCUGCGACGACAUUGAUUGUCCUAACAAGCCUGUUAGGGAUUGCGAAGGCUGGGAGGAAGGCGAGUUGGAUGAGCCCCCUUGGGACGGAGCUGACGACGAUGCUGAGUACGAGCUGGACGACAUUGAGAUGGAAGAGGACGAAAGUGUCCCCAUGGACAUCGACAAUGACGUGCCAGAACCAGAGAGCUCGAUUCCCCGGCUCGACAUGUUGUCGGCAACGAGUCUAAUCGAGGACGAUGUCGACGAUGUGCCUAUGGAAAUUGACGAUGAUAUUCCUUCUCCGGCAUAA